UAUAUAUAUAUGAAAUAGUUCUAUCAAUAUUACAAAUAUCCAAGCCAAUUCAUAUUAUUAUUUAGAAGUUAAAAUCGUGCGUGGAUAACCAUAUGUUUUUAUUUACAUAUUUAUUUCAUACAGUGAUUACAUUUAACUGUCACGUUCUUAUGCAUGACGAAUUCUUGAUUAUAAUUUUAAUAAAGAAACUUUAUUACGAUGUUUUAUACGACUUAACGACGUACCGCGAAUAAAAUCGAACUGGCAAAUUGGCAUAUCGGUAGUUAAGCAUAGAAUCAAAUCAACAUGAACACACGUCCUCUUAAAAUGGCACACGCAUUAAUUUAUAAUAUACGUUUCUUUUUUUUUUUUUUUCACAAUAAUUCCAAUGAUAUUGUUCAAUUGUGAUCGUUAUUAUAUUAAGUAUAACAUCGAAUAUUUUUAUUGUAAUAUUGUAUAUUAAAAUGAAAUUAAUUUUCAUUGAGUAUGAAUUUUGGAUUAUUAUUAAUUUAUUUCAAUAUAGGGAAUCAAUAUGAUAUUUUUACAUGGAACACUAUAGUGUUCGUAAAGUAUAAUAAAAUGAAAUGAAAUGGUUAUUAAACCGUGUAAAUUUUGUUACGGUACGUUCGAAUUGAAGGUGCGAUUUCAAAGACAUAGUCACGAUGUAAAAUUCAAAUAAGUUACUUGAGGUGAUCGAUUCGGAGCGGUACUUUUCGAUAUGCGGAAUUUUUUCUCUUCUUUUAUUUUUCUUCCCGUGAUUUUUUCAAUUAUUUGCUUAUCUAAUAACAUAAAAACACUUGCAAGUUAUGAUCGUUGGAAUACGAUAAGGCGAAGUCUAAAAUCAAACACGACUCAAACAUCUAUCAGUUAUAAACUUGAUACUUGGUCAAAAUAUGACAAUCCUGAGGAAGGUACGCAUCAUCAAGGAGAUAUUCAAAUAUCAAAUACUCGAAAAACAAUCACAUCAUUCAAAGAGCUAUUGUGGCCAAAUGGAAUUGUAUAUUAUACUAUAGAUAAAGCUAUUGAAAACAGUCCACAACAAUUAUCUAUUCUGCAAAAGGCAAUGACGAUACUAAUGGAAAAAACGUGUAUUCAAUUUCAGCAAAUUUAUCCGAAUGAAAAUGGACAAUAUUCAGUUGAAAGUUGGGUUAAUAUUGUAGGAAACAAAAGUGGAUGUUAUUCUGAUUUAGGACGUAAUUCAUUUGGCGGACCGAGUGUUCUAAACUUAAAUGUAAAUUUAUGUUUUGAUAUAAUAGGUCAUGCUCUCCAUGAAAUGUUACAUACAUUAGGUGCUUAUCAUGAACAUAUGAGACCAGAUCGUGAUCAAUAUAUUUAUAUAUUGUGGGAAAACAUUAGAGCAGGAAGUAAAUAUAAUUUUGAACUGUUAGAUGUUAAUACAAUAACUGAUUAUGGUUUGCCAUAUGAUUAUGAUAGUAUAAUGCAUUAUUCAAUGACAGCUUUUUCUAAAGGUAAAUCUUUAGCAACAAUAAUACCUAAGAUAAAUGGCAUUGAAAUUGGUCAAAGAGAGAGAUUAUCUUAUUAUGAUGUUAAAAAAUUAUUAAUAACAUAUGAAUGCAGUGAGAUAUAUUACUAUAAAAAUGAAAGACUGUAUAUGGACGAAUAUAAUGGAAUUGAACUUCAGGUCAAAUGAAUAAUACAACUGUAGUAUUAGAUGGAACAACAAAUAAUAAUAUAAAUCCUGUUACAAAAGUAGGAUUAAUUAUAAGUCCUAAAUAAAUACGUGAAACAUUAAAUAGAAGUGAUAAUGUAAACUUGUAAACU